UUGAACGGCGAACUUGCUGGCGGCCGCACGCCGCUCAGAAAAAAAAGUGACUCAUAGUCUAUGGUGUUCCAAAUUUGAAUUCCGACGUAGUGUUGUGCGGUGUUCGAAAUUAUCGGUUUUUAAAAUCGUUGUUCUGGUAAUUGAAUUUUCGGAUUAUGAUGGACUGUGAAAUGUUAAUAAGUUGAUUCGGAUUAGUUCUAGCGUGCUUUAAAUUAGUGAUGCCUUGAAAAUAAUUGAAACACGCAACUAUUCGUAUUCUUGGCGCUUAUUGGCUGAAAAUAUUCGACUAGCUAAACCACAAUAUAAGUAGAGACAGUAUUCAGCUAUUGCAGUGAUAGCUAGUGAUGUGAAGUGUGUGUGUUUGUGGAUCUUUACUAUGUCUGCGUGCGCGCGCUAGUGCUGCCGCGUAUCGCCUACAACAUGGGGCUGCAUAAGAGAGACAAGAAUGGUCUGCUCUCGUACGAGAACCCGAACUACCACUUGGACCCGUCGCGCCUCGAGUCAGCGCUCUACAGCGACCUCUACGAUAUGCAUGACGACAAAAUGCCGGACGAGUAUGACGCCUACCUUGACAAUAGGAGAGUUGAAGACGAGGCUGCUUCGCCCGUGACCAAAACAAAUGAAAAAACCGGCCUCAUCACCCCCCAAAAUGGCGGCGAAGAGUCCCCUCCUCCCGAGAAAGAGCGCGCAGACCAGGAGGACUCGGAGAAGAGGCACGCGGGCGUCCCGCACUCGGCCGAGGGGCCCAACGACGACCUGUACGCCAUCCCGGUCAAGCUGCGCGCCAAGAGGGAGCCGCCUCUCCCGCCGGGGUGGGAGAAACAUGAGGACAUGGAUGGCCCCUACUACUGGCACAUAAAAAGCGGCACAAUCCAGCGAGAGAUACCAAAGAUGCUGCCCGUCGAAGCAAAAGAGUCCAGAAUCUCCAUGGUACGAGACUGCUCGCUAUCAGAGGUGAACAAGUACGACGGGGUCAUGACCUCAUCCGUGACCAGAAGUACCACCAGCGGGGCGCUGGCGGACCACGUGGACCAGGAGGCUGAGAGGAAACGGAAGGAGGAGAUGUCAUAUAAACGGCGCAGUUUCCCAGCUCGUCCUGAGCCGGACAGCGCGCGGGCUGUCCGAUUCUUCGUCCGGUCUCUGGGCUGGGUCGAGAUCUCAGAGGCAGACCUCACUCCUGAACGAUCCAGUCGGGCUGUAAAUAAAUGCAUCGUGGACUUGAGUUUGGGACGAAACGAUCUGCUGGACCAAGUCGGACGCUGGGGCGAUGGCAAAGACCUGUUCAUGGACUUGGACGACGGAGCCCUCAAACUCAUAGACCCUGAGAGUCUGAACACUCUUCACACACAGCCCAUACACACCAUUCGUGUGUGGGGGGUCGGCAGAGAUAACGGACGUGAAAGGGACUUCGCUUACGUAGCCCGCGACCGCGCCACCCGCCGGCACAUGUGCCACGUGUUCCGCUGCGAAGCGCCCGCUCGGAGCAUCGCCAACGCUCUGCGGGACAUCUGCAAGCGCAUCAUGAUCGAGCGCUCCCUGCAGCCGCCGCCGCGCCCCACCGACCUGCCCGCGGCGCGGCGUCCACGCCCGCUCUCCGGGGCCUCAUUCCCGACGCCCAUGGAAGAGCCCCGCAAGACAGUCCGCGCGCGCUACCUCGGGAGCGCGGAGGUGCCCCGCGCCACUGGCAUGGAUGUCCUCAACGAUGCGCUAGAACGCUUAGCGGCAGCUAGGGCACCGUCGGCUUGGAGACCUGUGGCAGUGGCUGUUGCUCCAUCGAUGAUCACUAUUACUGAAGAAGGGGAAUCGAGCCCGAUAGUGGAAUGUCGCGUCCGCUACCUGUCGUUCCUCGGCAUUGGGCGCGACGUGCGCCGCUGCGCGUUCAUCGUACACACCGCGCAGGACAUGUUCGUAGCGCACUGUUUCCACGCUGAGCCCUCGUCCGGGGCGCUGUGCAAGACUAUCGAGGCUGCCUGCAAGCUCCGCUACCAGAAAUGUUUGGACGCGCACGGCGGGGCGCCCCCGCGCUCCCCCGGGGCCGGCUCGGGCGACUCGCGGGGCUCGCUCGGACAGACGCUGAAGUCUAUCGUGGGCUCCGUCAUCGGCCGCCGGCCUUCUUGAACUCGGGAGACGGAAGAGAUAGAGGACGCUACUCCCGACCGGGCGGACGCAGGCGCAGCGUAGCUUGCGCAUUAUCGGGUGCAGUUGCUUGGGUUAUACUAUUAACCUUCUAGUCGUAUUUAUGCUUUUGGGAAGCCAUUGUUUCUGACAUUACGUACCUAGAGGUAUACCUGACUAAUAGGUACAUGCAUUAGAUAUUGUAAGAAGUGUUUGAUGUUAAAAAGCAGGACUGAAUAUUCUCGUUCGGGCGAUUUCGGCUUAAAUUAUUAGGGUUGGUACAGCUUGACCCUGAACCGCUAUAUUACCACUAUACAGGGUGAUUCAUGAGUCGUGAGCAGGAGUGAACAGGGUACUGGGGAGGGUCACGCUGAGCAACUUUCAUAAUGGGGCA